CCGGUCUGAUACCUGAUCACGUGACACGCACAGUUACACUUGGUGGAGCUCCAUUAAGCUGUGACCGUCUCCAUCUUUCUCCUCACCCCCACCAUCAUCAUAUCGCCCACUACCAAAUCACCGAUCAACACCAAGCAUGUCGGAACAAGCUGGCGAGGCUGUACCUGCAGCUCAGAAGAGUAGCUGGACGAGCUUUUUGAAGUCGCUGGCUGGCUUCACGGGCGAUCUGUCAGCUAUGACUGCUCCUCCGUUUAUAUUGUCACCUACGUCCCUUACUGAGUUCCCAGCUUACUGGUGUGAGCGACCUGAAUUGUUCGCUGCGAUUGCAGAUGGGAAGACGGAGCAAGCCCGAGCAUUGGCUGUGUUGAAAUGGUUCAUCAGUACGCUUAAAGGGCAAUACACAUCCCGGAACGAAUCGAUGGGAUCUGAGAAGAAGCCGUUGAAUCCUGUUCUUGGAGAACUCUUCUACGGGUAUUGGCCAGCGAAUGCAGCUCGCGGAGGCAAAACCACCCUAGUCGUAGAACAAGUCUCUCAUCACCCACCCAUCACAGCUUACCGCAUAGAGAACCUAGAAAAAGGUGUGAUCUUGACUGGACACAGGUGCCCAAAAGACGAGUUUUACAUCAUCGUGAAGCAAGUUGGACACGCAACUCUGACUGUAUCCCUUCCGUCUGGUGAGACCGAGGAAUACCUGAUCACACUUCCUCGACUCCGUAUUGACGGGCUGUGGUACGGAUCUCCAUAUAUCGAGCUUGCAGAAACGAGUUACAUUCAAAGCUUCUACCGGAUUGAAUACAAAGGCAAAGGCUAUUUCUCCGGCAAAUCACACACGUUUAAAGCAACGCUCACCCCGCCUUCACACGUCCACACGUCUCCCCACGUUAUCGAAGGGACGUGGCAUACGACGUCUAAAGAGUUGCAUAGUGGUGCUCCGUUCCAUGAUGUCACCUCGCCGAAGGAGGAGAUCACGGUUGCGCCUAUUGAUCAGCAGGGGGAGUGGGAGAGCAGGAAGCUGUGGCACGGUGUUGCGACAGGUAUCAGGGAAGGUGAUUUUGAGAGCGCUGCGACGUUUAAGGGGAAGAUUGAGGUGCGUUCAUUGUUCUCGUUUUCCUUUCUUUCUAGAGGUUUUCUGAUCGGACUAUGUUGGAAUUUGGAAUUGGCACAGAAUGAGCAAAGGCAGAGAAGACGGGACGAAUCUGCUAGCGGUAUGACGUGGGAGUUGAAGCAUUUCAAACAUAUAGAACAUGAUCCUGUUUGUGAGUGGACCUCCUCUCUCUUCUGUUCAUCGUUUGUCUAGAUACUAAUGCUAACGCCCUUUGAAGACGAACGUCUAGGCAAGCUAUUCAAAGCAAGCCCCCCAACAGAGGAUGGAUACA